UGUUUUUGCUUCAUCUCCCCUAUUUCGAUCCUCUCACUACUAUUCUUUUUAUUUUUAUCUCUUUAACCCCCUCAAAGCCUCCUCUUGCGAUCGUGGGGGAUUCCUAUGCCAUGAAACCCGAUUUUUUCCCACACUCUCUUGCAGGCAUCCCUAUCCUCUCACGCGCCACCGCGUUCCACCAAUUCCUUCGCCGCUUCCGUCUUUUCUCGAUGCUUGCAAACACCUGGAGUUAGGGUUUUUGGAAUAGCGGAUUAUCCAUUUUUUUGUUUUGCUUUUGGUUUUCUUUUAUACCUGUUAGAGGUUAGGUUAGGGUUUUGAAAGGGAAAUCGCAUGAAGAUGGGCAGCGUGGAUCGAGUUAAUGAUUUGACAUUUAAAGUUAAUUUUAGCGGAGAUGGAGCAGCCAAGUUGAAAGAUAGAGUCAAGGAGAAACUCAAGGAGUUUAUGGGUGACUACACUGAUGAUACUCUUGUGGAAUACGUGAUUGUCUUAUUGAGAAAUGGAAGACGUAAAGGCGAAGCAAUGAACGAGUUGAAUGUUUUUCUUGGGGAUGACAGUGAAUCUUUUGUCUCCUGGUUGUGGGAUCAUCUGGCUUCAAAUUUGGAUCUAUAUGCUCCUUCUCGGGAACCUCACCUUGAUGAAGGAACCAGAACAACUGUUUUGGGGAACCAGUCUAUUGGUGCUGAGUCUCACCAGUUGGAUACUGAUUCUGAAAGGGGAAAGUCUACUAAGUUUCCCAGGAACCGGCACAACAGGGAUUGGAAGGGACUAGUUAGGGAUGCAGCCGAACCACCUCCUCUUCGGAGCUCUGAGGUUGAGAAUAUUCGUUUUGAAGAAAAAUCCAGUCGUAAAGUAAGCCGUGGACGAUCUACCUCUCCUCAACCUACUCAGAAGAAAAGGAGUAGGCCUGAUGAACGACAACCUAUAAAGAGAGAAGCAGUUCCUAACAUUGAUGCCCCUAGGCGGUUGCUUCAGUUUGCUGUGCGAGAUGCAGUUGGAACUUCAAGGGCACCUAUUUCAGCGAAGGAGCCAUCUUCCAAGCGCCUUCGAUCUGUUGUGUCAACAUCUUCUGGAGAUUUGCCAGCUCGUCCUAGGAGAAUUCAGUCUGUUGCAAGAGUGCCAAAUCCAAUGGCGACAGUGAUCAAGGCUGUGGCAGAAGCUGCUGAAGAUGUGACAAAGGUAAAAAAUGCUGGAAGUGUGUUUGACAGGCUUGGUCCUGGAAUGGAUGUUUUGGAGACCGGUGACCUACAUCCAGAAUUCAGAGAGUCUCUUACUGAGGAUGAAGAAUAUGGAGAUCUUAACCAGCCUUUGGAGAAAACCCAUUCAGCAUAUUAUCAAAGGGAAGAGUGUGCUGGUCGACAUGUUGGUAACGUAACUGCUUUAGAAAGUCAGACUGGGUUGGCUUCAGAGUCUCUGUCUGACAAUGAAUGGUAUGGUGAUGUUGAUGUUGUUGGCCAUGGAGUUAUGGAUGAGUCUCAUACUGGCCAUGCUGGUAGAUCAAGUGGAAACAAGGGUGAUAAUUCACUUAUGGUGCAGUACAAUGUAGCUAAGGAUGAUGAAAUCUUGCAAACGAGGAACAAAGAUCAAAAUCAAUCAACUAUAGCAACAAAUACUUCUCGUAAGAUAGUUAACAUCUCUGUCAAUGUAAAUACCUGGAAACCACCUCAUUAUCAAGAGCCAAGGGAGGCUUCAGAACUGGACAGCCGAAAGCCUCUUCCAGAGAGUGAAGCAGUUGCUAACAAAGCUAAUCAUAGGUUGAUGGAGAAUGGCAACCCAGUUAAUGUUGGUAAUGGAAAUGUAAAAGGUGCUGCUUACAACCAAGAACUGUCUCAGAAAGCAGUGCAGCCUUCUGCUUCUUAUGCUGCUGCUCGUCCUCUAGAGGACGCUGAUUCUCGAACCAUCUUUGUAAGCAAUGUUCAUUUUGCUGCUACCAAGGACAGUCUUUCUCGACAUUUUAAUAAGUUUGGAGACGUGCUAAAAGUUAUUAUAGUUACAGAUGCGGCGACAGGGCAACCGAAAGGGUCAGCUUAUGUGGAGUUCAUGCGGAAGGAAGCAGCAGACAAUGCUUUGUCUCUGGAUGGUACCUCAUUCAUGUCACGGAUUCUUAAGGUCGUGAAGAAAAGUUCAGCUCCUCAAGAAGCCGCUGCUCCUGUCAUGACAUGGCCUCGUGUAGCUCGGGGCUCUCCAUUUGUUGCAGCAAGGUUUGGUAGAGCUUCAUUUGCCAGAGGCAUGCCAGGUGCUUUUAGGCCUCACCUUCCAGUUAAACCCGGUGCCAGAAGCUUUCAAUGGAAGCGUGAUGCUCAGACGACCACCACCCGAACCGACGCCGUCACUGGGACAACCGUUUCUUCUCCCACUUUCCGCAGUCUCACCUAUGUCCGAACAGAACCUAAGUCAGCAGGGAAUACUAGCUAGUCAAGAGGUUUGCUACCGCAGUCUCACAUUCCUUCUCUGGGGGGGGUCGCAUCGGUUUUCAAUUUUUAUGUUAAUUUUUCCUUCUGUUUUUUUUCACCUUGAAAUGUUUGAAUGGAUUGAUUGCAUCAAAGAGAGUAUCAUAUGUGGAUCAAAGGAUGAGGAUAAAAUUGCAAACGCGAUGAUUCUUCAACACCUGGGAAGACAUGUCUACAAAUUGAGAUAUAUAUAUACGUGCAUGUAAUAGAAGUGGCAAAACUGGUCUUCUCCAAAAGAAAAUUUUGCUAUUUCAGGCAUUGAUUUCUGGGUGUGGGAGGGGAGGGGAAAUUAUAUAUGUCUAGUUUUUAGAUUUGGGAUUGGGAGGAAGCUAUUUGACAUUGCUCUUUUUAUAUUUUUGUUAGACUUCUCAUUUUAUAUAUAUGUUAUAAAGAAAAAAGAAAAUAGAAGAAAAUGAUCUAAAAAAUGAAAAAAAGAUGGUCCUGAUAACAUUUUGAAAUUUUUAUGGCCGAAGGCCAUUUUCCUGUCAUGAGUUGAUAGUUCUUUCACUACUGUAAUUUUCAUCUAUGAAUCAAAACCUUGUUUAAAUUUA